UAGCUUGACGCACUGGAGCGGCUCGCGGUGGCACGCGCGUCUCGCGCUUCAGUCAGCGGAAUACAAACAGACCUUUUUUUUGUUGUUGUCAGAGAACAGGGACAUAAYUGCUUUCUGAGGGCGUUCUGCGAGCUUCUUUUUCUCUCUCCGAUGUUUUCGCUCGUGUCGCCGGUUGACCACCAUGGGAGCAGGAACUGACAGACGAGGUCCGGGAGAAUUGGCUGGAGGAGCCGUCCAGUGACAGCUGUUGUUAUCUGACUGACAGACAGACCGGUGAAACGUGACGGACAGGUAAACCGCUGCGCGUUUCACAUCUAUGGCCUGAAAGGGACGAUAAAAACAAGAGAAUAUGUUGUAAGGUGAGGCUUUUUUAAUUUAUUUGUGACUUUACCCUCCUUGUCGUGCAAGUAUGGGGCUGUUGUAGCCGGUCACACGAGGACUGGAGGGUUAGCGCCUGGUUCUGUCUGCGCUCCGUCCCCCUCCGGUGGACAGCGACGAGUCUGGAGACGCGGACGGAGACGGGGCUGUUUUCGUAGCGGAGACAUGGCAGCGGCCAUCGCCAGCGGUUUGAUCCGCCAGAAGCGGCAGGCGAGGGAGCAACACGCCCACCGACCGACCGCUCACCGGCGGCGGAAGAGCCCCGGCAAGAAGCAGGGGCUGUGCAACGGGAACCUGGUCGACAUCUUCUCCAAAGUCCGGAUAUUUGGCUUGAAGAAGAGGAGGCUAAGGAGGCAAGAACCACAGCUGAAGGGCAUCGUGACCAGGUUGUUCUGCAGGCAGGGCUUCUAUCUCCAGAUGGGCCAGGAUGGAAGUCUGGACGGGACCAAAGAUGACAGCACCAACUCCUCUUUAUUUAACCUAAUUCCUGUGGGUCUGAGAGUCGUGGCCAUCCAGUCGGUGAAGACCGGUCUCUACAUCGCCAUGAACGGAGAGGGUCACCUCUACUCCUCGGAACUGUUUACAGCUGAGUGCAAGUUUAAAGAGUCGGUGUUUGAGAACUACUAUGUGAUCUACAGCUCAAUGCUCUACAGACAGAAGGAGUCGGGCCGGGCCUGGUUUCUGGGCCUCAAUAAAGAGGGACAGGUCAUGAAAGGCAACAGGGUCAAGAAGACCAAACCAGCUGCUCACUUCCUGCCUAAACCUAUAGAAGUUGCAAUGUACCGAGAGCCAUCGUUACACGAUGUAGGAGAGGCGGUGCCUAAACUCGCAGGGGGCCCGCCUUCCAAAAGCACAACCUGCGAGCCUGUGGUCAUGAAUGGGGGCAAACCAGUCAGCAAACCCAGCAAGGAGGAGACAUAACCCCACCCARCAUUUCAGCCUGAUCCCCCCCACCCCGGCUGACUGGAGGCCAGGAAAAACCACAAACUUGCCCCACUGCUGCGCUCUCAAAAAAAAUAAAAUAAAUAAAUAAAAAACUGUAACACAAGGUAAUAAACAAAUAAUAGAGAUAAGCUCUAAAAGGACCGUUAUGGGGCUGAAAUCUGGCCUCGCCUCUCCCUACUGGACAGUGUUGUGGGGCAGCGCCAGAGGGACUGCAAUACAGUUGGUGGUGGGAAAAGAAGAUGGUAAAACCUACCAGACAUAUCUUUCAGAACUGGGACACUGGCAUAUGUUCUCACACGGGUCAGGAGAACAUGAAAAAAUAUAAACAAUACAAAAAAAUGCCAUUCUCACUCUUCUUUCCCCUCGCUUUUGUUUUUGAGACAGUUCACAACAACGAGGCUCCUUUUUCCUGUAGUUUUCUGUUCCCAGGUUCGCUCGCGUACUGAUGGCCCGCGGACACACAUUCACACCAACUCCACUCGAAAUCGACUGCUUGGAUUCGAUCUUUAAGUACAUUAAAAGCAUCAGCAAACAGUCGGCAAAGAGAGCAUUUUAAAUACCAAACACUGAUGAUUCAGAGAAUGCUUAGUCAUCAAUCAAUUAACAUUUAGAACAGAACGUUCUCUGCUAAAAUUACAAGGAAAUGCAUGGGGAAAUAGUGCUUUAACAWACAAGGUAAACUCACCUCUCCUUUUUUUAUCCCUCACUGUAAAGAGAAAGCCUUACAGCUUUUACAUCACGUACACAACUCCAGCUCAGGAGAGGCCAAGAUCAGUCAACAAGAACAAUUCCCRCAAAUUCCCAGCUUGUAGCAACAAGGAGAGCAUCUGAGGGUUUCUGGAGUCUGAACAGCAUGGUAGCAGUCAGUGUUUACAUAGAGUAGCAGAAAUUAUAGACUGAGUUGUGUUGAGGACCUAUUGCCUUCCCAAGUACUUGAACACUAAAGAAGGAAUCAGGGUAUUAGUGAGUGAUGACCAGUUGCUGUGAGUUAGAGCCUGUGUAAUUGGGACUUCUUACAAUCCAGAAUUAUUCAAGUAAUCCUAACAUAUUCUAACAAUAUUACCAUAGUUAAUUUAUUCAGAACACUCAACCAAAGGUUCAAAAGUAUUAUCAUCAAAUAUAAAGUUGCCUGUUUAUGACGUCUUUAGACUGUUACCACCACUUAAGCACUUCGAGUACGAUGUGUAAUUUCUCAAUAUGAAGCUAGGUUUAACCUCUUUUAGGCACAGAAAAAAAAAUGUUUUGCAGCACAAGUCACUUUUUGGGUUUUUUCCCCACACUUUUUACAUUUUUUUACUUUUUUUAAUCAUUUCACCUUGCAGAAAUCAAAUCUCAGAGAAGUUUAAAUGCAAACACAAACUUUAGAACAAAUGCCAUGAAACCACCCUUUAUCAAGGGAAAAGCUGAAAACCGUUUCGUAAUCUGGCCGUUCACACCGAGAGAAAAAGAGCAACGUCUGCAUCGCCUUGCUAGUGUUUACCCCUUUUUUAUGUUUUCUGGAACCACUUUGCCUCUUUUAUGCUUUGUUUUUGCUUCUUCAAUAGACUUUCAUGGGGCUCUUGCUUGUUCCUGCAUUUCACAAAGGGAUAAUACUUCAGUUUCUCAAAUGUCUUUACAAGAAAAUGCUUCACAACUUCUGUUUUCUCCUCUUUCAACACCCACCUUCUAUGUGCCUUUUUUAGUAGUAAUAUGGCCAAGCACUCGUGUAGAAGGUUUUGCUGUGUCGACAAAUAAAAAUGGUGUGUUUUAAAAUGAUCAAACCACGUCUAAAACUUAAAUCAGAUACAGAAUUAUUCCCUGUUGUACCUUCAUAGAAAAGUAGCUUGAAAAUGUACUUGCAGGCCUUGCAUAAUAUGACUCCAAUUCUAUGAUUUUAUUUAUUUAUUUGUUUUUGUCAAUUACCUUUUGUAUGAGCUAUAGCCUUUUAUGAUCACAGUAAAGUAUUUUUUGAUGAUACCAAAAUUGUCUCAAUUACACAAUGGCUUUAAAUCAGCCUGCACAAUGGACUUUAAAGAUCUCUAAUCAAUGCAGUUUCUAACGAGCACGAAGAAAACCACCCAAACGAAACGUUGCACAUCGACUCCGGUAUUAAUCAACAUUAAAACAUGGCUUUGUUCACACCUUGAAGACCUUUAAUGCAAGAUAGAUUGAAAUUUAAAAAAAAAAGAAAAAGCAUUAAACCACCCUCUCACUGUGAAGGCCAACAUGGCACUAAUUUUCUUUCUGUUUACUCGUCUUUCUUAGACCGAAAGAUGCCAAUCACUCUGAGAAACACACUAGUGGUCAGACGUAUGUAAUACUGUGAUCCCACGCUCUGAAUUAAUGUCAGCCACAACGAGGCCCACGUUAAAUAAGGCUAAGGAUAACAGAUUGUCUGCUUUUAAUUGACGAAAACAGACGCCGUGCUUUGAAUCCCAAUUUUGGCCACAAURACCCCCUUUGCAUUUUAAAUCAGAUGAUUGAAACACUGUCCUGUUUGCCGAAGAUUAAUGACCUCUGCCUGUGUCGACACAACUACAAAGGGAGCAACAAGACAAAGCAGCAGCAGAAAUCAAGGCCGCGUGACCCUCCCUACACACACACACACACACACACACAUGAAAUGAGCAGCCGGCCCCCAAACAAACGCCGCCCCGGCACCAGGUCUGCUGCACACCGGCGUUGAAUCUCCCGCUUUGUACGGAGGACGUUAACGACCUCACAGUGUUUCUAAUUGACAUUUCUGAGAUUUCUCACACAUACGCCACAUUUUUCACUCCUUUCCUCUGAUCUCAUUAGCUGUUUUUUUGCAUUCAUGUACCAAUGUGUGUGUGUGAGGCUGACCAGCACAUUUUAUUACAUGAACUAAAUCAUACGGACGUGAUAACAAAGAUGUUCUUUUUUAAAAAUUUUUUAUUUUUCCUUUUUGGCCUUUAAAGAAAAUAGGGUUUUUUUCAAUUGUUAAGCUGUAACCUUGAUACAGAAGUUCUGCAAGUGUGUAAGAAAUGUGUUUUUAGUGUUGGAUCAUGAGGGGAACAAAAAAAAAAAAAGAAAUAAUAAUAAAGAAAUAAAUCUAUGUGAGUGCCUCUCAUCCCCAGCUUGGGUCAAGAUUUAGGAUCCAGAGCAGCUGUAGGUCUGUGUUAAACUUGUUUUUUAAGUUUCUUUUUACCCUCAAAGUGGUUCGACUUCAGCUCUGUUCUGUCUAAUGUUCCGUGGGAUAAUGUUAAUGAGGAACAAGUCUGGUGUUGUGCUCGUCUCACGUAAAAGAAAUGUGGAUGUAACCUUURUUUACUAACCGUUGUGUCGCAUUUAGGGGCAAAAAAAAGAGAAAAAAAAAGGGAUCAAAUAUUUCCUGACAAUCAGGUUUAAUUUCCAAUGUAUCCCGUGUUGUCUCAGCUACAUGUGUCUAAGAAACAAUAUGAGGAUAUUUAAAGGUUUUUUUAUUUUUUAUUUUUUGUAGAAUAAAUGAAAGGAAACAGGACAGCAGUCCUUUUUAAUCUGCUGGCUGAGGGAGAAAUCCAACUUGUUAGGUUCACACUAGGGUUCCCAUCAUGCAAAAAGCAUUUUGUUGAGAUCUGUGGGAUAUGCUCACAGAUUAAUGUUUGAGGGCAGAGGGGGGGCGGGAAUAUUUUAAAAAAAAAGGGGUGGUGGGGGGUUCCUGGAUACUGACCAAAGACCGUGUUCUACCAUAGUGUUUCCAAGCUGCUACUCACAGUUCAAACAACGGUGGUGCAAUUACCGGCUGCAUCUCCUGAGAGAUUUUGUUUCCACUGAUGGUUAGCCAGGUACCACGGCCACAAUUAUGAAAGAUCUCGCAGCGCAGGAAGAGAGCAGCUGAUUUAAUUAGACGUGCGCAAUCGCAGCAACUCCGGGUGACUUUUCAAAUUUUCCACAGACAAGGACCACUCGGCUCACACAUGUAGCCAUCUUAGUUUGCCCCUCGUGGCCUCUGGCUCCGAAAUCACAAGUCUUGGAGGCACAAAAUGGACACAAGACGAUGGAGAGAACAAAAGAGAGAGAGAGAGGGAAGAAAAAGCUUUUGUGACCUGACCACUGCAGUGCAGGAGCACUUUAGAGCCACAGGAACAUGUAAUGGUUAGCACUCAUAACGUAGCCUGCCUCCCUCAGGUUUUCUUUUCUUUCUUUUUUUUUAUUCUCCGCUUUAUUCCUCUUUCAAAAGACUGCCUUAUUACAUUUGAAUCUGAGGACUGCUCUUUUUCAUCCCAACUGUUUCUUCUUUCUCCCUCUGAGCACUCUCUCUCACACACACACAGCAGAUACAAACUCAUCCUAUUUUACUUUUCAAUUAUCUUUUGAUCCCCAAUCUUCUGUUCACUAGAACUAUGCUUGCUUUCGCUCUCUGCUUGUUGUGUAACCAUGCAGACAGAGAACUUCUUCCUCCACUUUCCUCUUACUCUCCAUUCCCCCCCACUUGUUGCAUGUUGGGUUUUUUUGUUUGUUUUUUUGAAAAGGAGUAAUGAUKGACAAAUGCAUGUUGUGAUGAAAGAACUUUUUUAUUUAGUUUUUUGUUUUGACCAGUGCAACUUUUGACUUUUAUCUGCUGUUGGUUUGCGCAGGUAGUUCUCAGUGGAGACGGUUGGCGAGCAUGUGUUUGUUUCCGGUUAAACAGAAACCCCAUCAUGGCGACAACAAAGCAAAAACUCAAAAUGACUUCAAAUACAGCGUUUGCGCUAAUGCAUGCCUGACGAGAAACACUGAGCAUCGUGUUUGAAUUCUCUUAGCUGAGAGCAGGAAAUUAUACACAUAUGAAACGCAUGAAGAAGUCAUUUUUGAUCUCCUUUGUGUCGUCUUUUAACAAUGAUGGAUUAAAGCAGUUUUCAAGCUGGAUUAAGGAAAUUGGACRAACAGAUUCAGACAAUCUCUAGCGUCACCCAGAAGGUCUCUUCAGUGAAUGCGAAGCGCUUCUUUGUUUGAGUUGUGAUGUGAGUUUUCUGUUGUGUUACAACAUUUUAAAAAAUCCUCUGUCCACCAACUUUCUUCAGGUUUUAAAUGUGAAACAGGGUACGGCAGUCCUACGAUGCUAAUGACAGAAACUGGUGUGUAAAAUACACCCGUGUUGUUUCCUCCCUGUGCAAACCACAUCAGCUAUUAGCCAAACUGUGACUGGUGCCAACCUUAGAGAAGAUUACUCUGUCUGUCAGUACGUGUACAGUUAACUUUACAUAUAUUAUGCAAACAGUUUGUCUGCACUGUACAGUUUGUGUCCGAUCUAUUGUAUACACGCAGAAAAUAAUAAUAUUGAAUAAAGGAUUUAUACAAAGGA